UAUUUCACCUUCACUCCUAAAAUUCAAGGUUUUCCACCUUAUUUAUGGUCGAGAAAAUAAUGCUCUACCUACCUACCACUUUGUUUUAAUUGAUUAAAGAUUUUAUUAUUAUAGCUAAACCCUAAGACCCCCAAGGAGUAAGGAGAGCUCCUCUUAUAGGAAACUUGAGCAGAAAUUGGAGCUGAGAGCCCGAGACUUGUCUCUCUCUCACGUGCGGUCGGGUCUCCCUUCAAAAAGUUCAAGACUUUUUUGCAAACUCACCCCUCUCUCUUCAUUUCAAAAGAAAGAAGGGGAAAAUAAAAACAGGGGUAGUGAAGAAAGACGAUAAUGGCGGCGAUGGUGAUUUUUCGGGCUCUUGUUAAAUUUCGUCUUCAACAGCAAAUAGGUAUCAUGGGCUUCUUUUUUUCUUCUUUCAGCAGCGGCAGCGGGCAUAACAAGGUAUGGUUUAAAGACAAGGAUGAUGCUUUAGCAUCCUUCAGGCUCAUGCUUCUUAGGAAACCUCUGCCUUGUAUAGUCGAAUUUAGUAAAUUGUUUUCAUCAAUUGUUAGAAUGGGACAUUAUGAGACCGUGGUUUAUUUGUCCAAAGAAAUAGAAUUUCUAGGAAUCGAACAGGAUAUACAUAGUUUAAGUAUAUUGAUUAAUUGCUUCUGCCAUUUACAUCGCGUUGAUUUUGGGUUGUCUGUUUUGAGCAAAAUCCUUAAGCUUGGGUUGGAACCUAGUAUUGUAACCUUUACUACCUUAUUGAAUGGGCUUUGUAUGGAGGGGAAAAUGGAUCAAGUUAUGAUGUUGUAUGAUGAUAUGCUGGUGAGAGGUCUUCAACCCAAUGUAUAUACUUAUAAUGUGAUAAUCAACAGUCUUUCUAAAAAUGGGAAAGCCAAUGAGGCGCUUGGGUUUCUUAAGCAAAUGGAAAAGGUAGGUUGUGUGCCAAAUGUUGUUAAUUACAGUACACUGAUUGAUGGGUAUUGCUUGCGAGGGCAAAUGGAUGAAGCUAGAAGCGUAUUUGAUUUAAUGGCGAGUAAGGGCUGCACGCCUAAUGUUUAUACUUACACUAGUUUGAUGAAUGGAUACUGUAAGAUCGAAAGGAUUGAGGAGGCAGUGCAACUUCUUGAUGAAACGUUGAGAAAAGGUUUAGUUCCUGACAUAGUUACUUUUACUACUAUCAUAAGUGGCUUGUGUCGAGCAGGGAGACCUUUGGCUGCACAACAGCUUUUCAGGUACAUCUGUGCUCAUGGUCACACGCCAAAUAUAAUGACUUACGGAGUGUUGCUUGAUGGCCUGUGCAAACAUGGGAAUCUUGAAGAGGCAUUUGCUCUAUUUCAAGAGAUGCAAAGGAGCACUGUGAAACCUAACUUGGUAAUCUACACCAUCCUCAUUGAUAGUUUGUGCAAGUGUGGGAAGAUUAAGGAUGGAAAGGAAUUGUUUUCUAGACUAAUUGACGAAGGAUUGAAGCCUAAUGUUUAUACAUACACUGCAUUAGUUGGUGCACUUUGCAAAGAAGGACUAAUAAUUGAAGCACAUAAGCUUUUUAGAAAAAUGGAAGAGGAUGGAUGUACACCUGACAAAUGCGCCUAUAAUGUCAUUAUCCAAGGAUUUCUCCAACACAAGGAUCCAUCAAUGGCAAGGCAACUUGUGGAAGAAAUGGUCAAUCGGGGAUUCUCUGCAGAUGCUGCCACCAGAGCCUUGCUGAAUGAUUUUCCCACUAACGACAUUCCUGCUCUAAAAACUUUAAUAGGGUUUUGUGAGGAUCAUUGAGGUGUUAAAUCUGAACUAGCGGACAGCAGAGGCCUAUGAUGGAAGCCAGGGUGAAUCCAAUCCAUGUUCUGUCCAGGUAAAACCAUAUCAAUUCUGCUAAUGCAAAUAAUAUGUAAGCCUCGAUGUUGUCUGCUAUUCCAGCUCUAUACAUUUCAGCACUCAAUUCGAUGAAUAGCAACAGUGCUCUGUGUUAAACAACAUGUUGGGAGAUGUGCCCUCUGAUCCAAGAACAGUUGCAGCAACCCAACAGAGCAGUAAAACAAUCCAAGCAAGGGAGGAACCUACAGCAUCAAUUAUGCAGAAGAAGUAAAACUGAAAUAAUCUGGGUGUACUAUUCAUGGACCAAGAAACAACAAAAAAACCAGACAUUACCCAAAUGUUUGUGUGAAGAGGACCGAUGUCGAUUGACCCAUUUUGGUAUACCACGAGAUUCACUCUUGAGUGAAGUCCAUCGAUGAGGGGACCUAAGAAGAACCCUGAACCGAAAAGCGAGAGGGAAAUGGACGGCAAAGUGCUUCUUAGACUACUUGUGCUUCGCUUUCUUAAACUGCAAUGAGGUUUAGAUACAAGAUGUUUUGUAUUGGAAUUGCGAGGGCAACUGUGAAGAAAGCAUGGAGAGCUCCUCAAAGCAAUGAGGCCUUGCAUGUUUUCCUUGGGCCUUCCCGUUUGCCAGCAGAGAAAAAUAUCAAAUGAUUUCUAUAUGCCAUUCACUCUGAGCCACAAAAUGGUUUGGAAAAUUAGAGGAUGUGGUUCUUUCAUCCGGAAAAGAUUAAAGAGGAUACUGAUGUCAAGUCAUUAGAUGUUUUCUUUAGUUAUUUUUUCAAGUAAUAUUAGUUAUGAAAUUUCAAAUAAAUAAAAAUAAAACAACGAUAGAUUGUCCUAUUUCGUCAGAUGUUUUGAACUCCAUUGAAAUUAGUGAAGUCAUGAUGUUGUAAAAGAAUGCUAAUAUAAUCAAAGAGAAUUUUAGUUAUAUUUGCAAGA